AUGAACGACCCCGGCAUGGAUGGUCCAGUCGGGCGCGCGGCUGACGACGUCGAGGAUAACACACCGGAGAAAGAGCUCGAUACAAGUGCUGGGGGAGAACAGGACUUUCUCGGCCCAAGCAGGUGGUGGUUCGCCUCGACUGCAUGUCCCUUGAUAGCUGGCACGUUUGGGCCCAUGGCGAGCGCGUUCUCCAUCUGUGCUCUGGUGGAGAAAUGGAGAGUGUAUAUACCGGAGGGUCAAACAGAAGCGUCUGGGCAGGCGGUCGAAGAUCCACAUUGGCUUAUAGCAAUAAAUUCAGUAUCUCUCGCUUGCGCCUUGAUCGCGAACAUGGCUCUCCUUCUGAAUAUGGCUCGUCGAGUUUCUUUUGCUAUUGCGCAACCCGUAACAAUCGUUGGCUGGCUGGUCGCUUCGGCCCUCCUGAUCGCCCUGGUGAGUGUAGCCUCAUCGCCCGUGUUUCGAAUCGAACCGGCAUCAGAGCACGCUCUCACGCAGGCGUACUACUAUGCGAUAAUGGCAGCCGGCCUUUACUUUGCUGUCGCCAUACUCAUGAUCAUAACAGUGGUGGGUGCGUACAGGGAACAUUACCCUAAGAUGUUCAGGUUGACUAUGGCGCAAAGAACUCUGAUGUUGCAAACAAUCACAUUCAUGGUAUAUCUACUUGUAGGUGCUCUUGUCUUCGCCAAAGUCGAAGGGUGGGCAUAUCUAGACGCGGUAUACUGGGCGAGCUUUACCCUGCUCACCGUUGGAAUCGGUGAUUAUGCUCCUACCACACAUCUGGGCAGAAGUUUACUUUUUCCUUUCGCGAUUGGAGGCAUUGUCACAGUCGGUCUUGUUGUUGGCUCGAUAAGAUCCCUUGCUCUGGACCGGGGAAAACACAAGUUAAAGGCUAGGAUGACGGAAAAGAAGCGAGAGGCAGUCCUGUCGACUGUCAAUCUGGAGAAACGAACUAUACGUGUUGGCAUAUUUAAUUCUAUAGAGUUCGCUCAGAAGGGACUGACAGAAGCCCAAAGACGAGAGCAAGAGUUCCUCAUCAUGCGGAGAGUGCAACACGACGCCCAACGAAUGAGGCAGUGGACAUCGCUGAUUGUAUCUACGUUGGCAGCAUUGACUCUAGCAUUGGUCGGAGCAGUUGUAUUCUGGCAAUCCGAGAAGCCCCAAGGAUGGAGUUAUUUUCAGGCAUUCUAUUUUUCGUAUGUUUCUUUGUUGACGAUAGGAUAUGGAGACAUUUCCCCAACUAGCAAUUCCGGCAAGGCAUUCUUUGUGUUCUGGUCACUAUUAGCAGUCCCAACCCUUACUAUUCUGAUCAGCAACAUGGGCGACACAGUUGUAAAGGUGUUUCGAGAUCUGGUCAUCUGGAUCGGCGCAUUCACGGUCUUGCCCGGCGAAAGAGGAACCAAGGAAGCACUCAACGAUACGAUGUCUCGAGUGAAGCAAUAUAUGCAUCCUAAAAAAUCGUAUCACGGAAUAUUCGGCCAGUCAGGCCACGAAAGGGAUACAGCACAUAGAAUCGAGGAAGUCAGUAAGAGAAGGCUUGCUGCGUGCUUCGAGAAAGAAGAGCUAAUGGCUGCGGAUGAUGCUGGCUCGGAGGGAGAGGACACCGAACGAGAUGUGCAUUUCUACAAUUAUGUUCUCGUGAGCGAAAUUCGCAACGUCAUGAAAGACGUCAAUGCCUCUCCACCAAAAAGGUACAGCUACGGCGAAUGGGCUCACUUUCUCAAACUUUUGGGUCAAGAUGAACACAACCCGGAGCACCAUAGGACACCUCCAAUUGUCGAAGAUAAGAAUGUAAGACCUGGCCAGAAUGAACAGUCCAGACUUGACUUCGGGAAGGCAGGUUAUCGUAAUGUUGGUAGUGAGGCGUUGGCUUGGAGCUGGCUGGGAAUACGAAGUCCACUGCUAGGCAAUCAGAGUGAAGCAGAGUGGGUUCUCGAGAGGCUAACAGCGACGCUGGAGUUUCAUUUGAAAUCGCUACAGGCAGGGCGGCAACUAACAGGAACGAAGCAUCCUCCUAUCCGUAGAUCUGACCUCACUAAACAUUAG